CCUUACGCUAUUAUUCCAACGUCUUUCGGAUAAUGGAAUAGUAGUCAACCCAGAAAAAUGUGAAUUGGGUAAAUCAGAAAUAAUAUUUCUGGGUCACAUCAUCAAACAAGAGGGUAUUCUACCUUGCGAGGACAAAAUUCGAGCAAUCAAGGAGUACAACGUGCCGUCCUCAAUCAAGGAACUGAAGGCUUUUCUCGGUUUGGUUAACUUCUACCGACGUUUUAUCCCUCACGCGGCAGAACGGUUACGACCAUUAACCGAUUUACUACGCGGUAAUCCACGCAAAUUAGAAUUGAACGAUACCGCACGUACUGCAUUCUCAGAGAUCAAAACGGCUCUCGCUGAAGUUACACUUCUCGCUCAUCCUGACCCAUCAGCCACGCUUAGUAUAGCGGUUGAUGCAUCGGAUUUUGCUAUAGGAGCCGUUAUGCAACAGAAUAUCUCCGGUAGUUGGCAACCGCUUGAAUUUUUCUCACGACGCCUUACUCCCACGGAGACGAGAUAUAGCGCUUUUGGUCGCGAGCUGCUUGCAGCCUACUGCGCCAUCAAACAUUUCCGGCACGCAGUAGAAGGACGUCAAUUCAUUUUAUUCACCGACCAUAAGCCCUUAACGUAUGCCCUGCAUAUCAAGUCUGACCGCUACUCACCACGAGAGUGCAGACAUUUGGACUAUAUCUCCCAGUUCACGACAGACCUUCGUCACAUUAAAGGCGAGUCGAACUAUGUUGCCGAUGCUCUAUCACGUAUCCAGACGAAUGCAGUUACCUUACCGGUGCUCGAUCUUCCUGCUAUGGCCGCCGCGCAAGCAAACGAUCCUGUCUGUACAGAAGCACCACAAUCUUCGUCCCUUCAGUGUCAGGAAGUACCCCUAGCUACUAGCUCAGGUACUAUCCUAUGUGAUACGUCUACCGGUCUACCUCGACCCAUCGUACCCUCUACCUAUCGCCGUCUCGUCUUUGAUGCCCUUCAUGGAUUGUCUCAUCCAGGUAUCGCAGCUACCUUACGUCUCAUCGCUGCACGAUACGUCUGGCCGUCCAUGAAUAAAGAUGUUCGUAUGUGGGUAAAGCAAUGCUUACAGUGUCAACGAUCAAAAGUGCACAGGCACGUAGCUGCCCCCAUUGGCACGUUCGCUACGCCUGAUGCUCGCUUUGAUCACGUUCAUAUAGACAUUGUAGGACCAUUGCCACCAUCGCAUGGGUAUGAUCACAUACUCACGUGCAUUGACCGUUUUACAAGAUGGCCCGAAGCUAUUCCCAUCACGUCUAUCACGGCGGAGACAGUUGCUCACCGCUUCGUAGAACGAUGGAUAGCAUUGUACGGUUGUCCCUCGACUGUCACGACUGACCGAGGACAACAAUUUGAGCCCGCAUUAUUCUCCUCACUGACCCGGCUGCUUGGUACGGAACGCAUACGCACUACCGCCUACCAUCCAGCAUCGAAUGGUUUAGUCGAACGGUUUCAUCGCCAACUUAAAAGUGCUCUCCGAGCACACGAAAACGACGAUUGGUACGAAACCUUACCGCUCGUUCUCUUAGGCAUCAGAACGAGUUUGAAGGCAGAUAUCCAAUGUUCCGCCGCUGAACUUGUAUACGGCACGACAUUGCGUCUGCCUGGGGAAUUCUUCACACCACGGAGCAGUAAUGAUUUCGGUAAAUCAGACUACGUCCAUCGACUGUCUGCAUUUAUGCGAACGCUGUCUCCGGUGUCAACUCGAAUACAACAUCGACAGGUCGCUCUCCCUCGAGAGUUAUCUACCUGUUCACAUGUUUUCAUACGAGUAGAUUCGGUACGCAAACCUCUACAACAGCCUUACGAAGGCCCUUUUCACGUGAUCUCUCGUCACGAAAAGACCUUCAAGGUUGAUCGACACGGCCGCGUCGAGAUCGUCAGCAUUGAUCGUCUCAAACCAGCACACGUCGAUGACAGUGCCCUACCCAAUAACUUGAGACUCAAUGCUAGACCUACCAAACCUUCUAGCGGGAUCUCUACAUCUACCUCGGAUCCCACGCUAGAUACAUCAGAGACCUCGUUCUCACGUCCCGGUCAACAGCACGCGUCAUCUGCACCAUCUACGGACGAGACUUCCGUCUCACGUCCAGAUCGGCAGACCACGCCGCCCUUGACCUCGGAUGAGAUCGCAGGCUCACGAAGCACGAACGAGACCACCGUCUCACGUUCCGGUCGCCGGGUACGAUUACCCGUACGCUUUCGCGACUAAACGCACAGUCAAUAACAUACGGUGUAGGAUUAUUCCUAUACUACACGCAUGCUACACUUUUCUUUUUUUGAUUUUUUUUU